AAAAAAUCAAACUUUGUGAAAAGGAUCCCCUUUGCUAGAGAUAGGUUAGUUGAGUCCUAUCUUUGGUCAUUGACAAUGUCCUACAAGCAAGAACAUAGCAAUGGGCCGGAGAAUGAUGACAGGAAAAACAAUUGCUUUUAUGACUAUUCUAGAUGAUACUUAUGAUGCUUAUGGCACAAUUCAUGAACUUGAACUCUUCACAGAAGCAAUUUUGAGAUGGGAUAUUAAUCUUAUUAAAUCUCUUCCACAGUGCAUGAAAGUGAUAUUUGACAUGCUUGUAGAAUUGUGUGAAGAAAUAGAGUUGAUGACAAAGGAGAGUGGAAAAUCAAGUUUUGUGGUGCCAUAUUUUAAACAAGCUAUUUUUACCUUCACAAAAGGCUAUAUGGUUGAAGCAAGAUGGUGUCUCGAGGGUUACAUUCCAACAUAUAAUGAAUAUAAAGUUAAUGAAAUCUUAACAACCGGUAUACCUGUUCUUCUAACAACAUUUAUUGGCGCAGGAAAAUUUACAACAAAAGAUGUUUUUGAUUGGAUUUUCAGUGAUUCAAAAAUCAUUGAAGUUGCAUCAGUAAUUGGUAGAUUCUUGGAUGUUUUUGUUCAAUUUUUGUUGGAUAUUUAG